ACUGACUUUCGCUGGAUGCUGAAGAGACUAAACCAGAUGAAAAAGGAAAGGGAGGAGGAACAGGCAAAGGUUGUGGAGAAUCUGGACAAUGUGAAACAAAUUGAAGUAAAACCAAAUGGGAGGGCUGAAUUUGGCUUCGACAUGAAACUACUGGAUCCUAACAGUGCCAUUCACUUAUAUAAGGAUGGGACAAUGGUCCCAUAUGGUCAUGAUGAAAAUUCGAAGCCCUGUCUGAAGAAAGAAGGAACAAAGUAUGUUUUUACCAUGAAAGACCUUCAACCAGAAGAUGCAGGUUUUUACCAGGUUGAUGUUGAGGACGCAAAUGUUCUCACAACUGACUUUCAGGUCCCUGAUGUAGAGUUCACAACCAAGAUCAAAGAUGUGAAGGCCGUUGAAAGUGAGGACGCCAUCUUUGAGUGUGUUUUGUCAACACCCCUCAACAGAAUCACUUGGUCAAAAAGCGACUCAUCACUUGAACAUGGGCACAAAUAUGAGAUCACCGUCUCAGAGGACAAGCUAACUCACACAUUAAGAGUAAAAGAUUGUGGAAUAGAUGAUACAGGAGCAUAUUAUGCCAUUGCUGGUAUUAUUUCCAGUAGUGCCUCUCUCACAGUGGAAGAUCGAGGCAUUCAGUUUGUCAGUGGGCUGUCAGAUACCGUUGCUAAUGUUGGAGAACGUACAGAGCUGUCUUGUAAACUGAGCAGUAAUGCCUCAGAGGGAUGCUGGUAUAAGAACAGGAAGCUGCUGACUAAGGUGGAUGGAGUCACGAUUAUCAAAGAUGGAGCCUGUCACAGACUGAUAAUUGACUGCUGCAAUAAAGAUGAUGCUGCUGUGUACCGCUUUGAAGCUGAAGGACGCAAAUCAGAAGCAACACUAAAUGUUGAAGACCCACCAAACAUUGACCCUGAUGCUCUGGGAAAAUUCACAAAGCCAGUCAUAAUAAAGGCAGGUGAAAAUGCUGAGUGGAAGAUGCCAUUCUCAGGUGGGGCACCAAUGACUAUACAGUGGUACAAGGAUGACGAGGAAUUGCUGCCUGGCCUGAAUGUGAAGAUCGACACAUCGGAUACCGAGAGCCAGCUGCGCCUCAUGAAGUGUCAAAGGAAAGAUUGUGGAGAGGUCAAAAUCAAAAUAAAAAAUGAAUAUGGUACACUACAGGCAAUUUCCAAACUGAUUGUACUGGGUUAUCCUGGUGCACCAGCAGCACCGAAAGUGGUCAGCGCCUUUAAAGACCGUAUCAAUCUAUCAUGGUGUCCUCCGUGUGACACUGGAGGAACCAAAAUAGUGGGAUACAAUUUGGAAAAGAACAAGAAGGGCACUAAUUACUGGAGCCUCAUCAACCAAAAUGGGCCAAUUACAGACACAAAGUAUGCAGUGAAAGAUGUCUUUGAAGGAGCAGCGUAUGAAUUCCGAGUGUCUGCUAUUAACCUGUCUGGUGCAGGAGAUCCCAGUAUUCCAUGCGACACAGUUAUUGCAAGAGAUCCAAUGAAACCACCAGGCAAAGUCAGAGACUUGAAAUUAACAUCCUCCACUUAUACCACAUUUUCGCUGGCUUGGACUAAACCUACGGAACUGCAGGGGGUGGAGGAUGAAGCCCAAGGCUACUAUGUGGAGAUCAGACCAAUAGAGAGCCUUGAAUGGACUUGCUGUAAUGUCAUCCCAAUUACUCUAACUUCCUACACUGCUCUUGGCUUGAAGGCAAUGGCCUCAUACUGGGUGAGAAUAAUUGCCACCAAUUACGGAGGUGAUGGAGAACCUCAAGGCAUUGACAAUUACAUCAUCGCCAUGCCCCCACCUGUAAAGCCAAAGUUUACAGAUCGCAAAAUGAAGACCUUCGUGGUGGUGAAAUCUGGAAACACCGUUCGUCUCAACAUCAACUUUGAGGCUUCCCCGCUGCCUGAGAUUUCUUGGUUAAAGGAUGGUAUUCCUGUGCCCAAACAUGUAACUAUCACUAACUAUGAUAAAGGUUCUCAGCUGUUGAUUCCUACAUCGGAGCGGUCGGACUCUGGCAUAUACACCAUCACUGUCAAGAACAUGGUUGGACAGGAAAGCUUUAAUAUUGAAAUCAGAGUUACAGAUGAUCCAAGGCCUCCAGGCACAGUGGAGCUGUAUCAGAACAUCCCAGGAACAGUGACUCUGUGCUGGGCUUCCUCUCCAGAUGAGAAGAGGGAUGACAGGCUGCACUACAUGGUGUCAAAGCGAGACUCUUUCAAACGCACAUGGAGGACAGUGGCAGACAACCUCUUUAACAAUAAGUUCACAGUUGUCAACAUUCUGCCUGGACGGGAGUAUUACUUCAGGGUGUUUGCUAAAAAUGACAUGGGUAUGUCACCUCCUUCUGAGUCCCCUGUGUUUGGAACCAAAAAAGAAAAAGGACGGUUCAAAGUAAACAUGCCAGAGAUUAAAUCCUUGGACUUUGAAGUCCCUCCGUCCUUCAUUGUUACCCUGAAGAGGCGUACAGCUCCUCAGGGUUACGAGUGCUACAUGAGCUGUGCAGUUCGAGGCAACCCAACUCCACGGGUGACGUGGUACCGCAACAACAUCAGCCUCAACACAAACACCAACUACCACAUCACAAAUGUAUGUGGAGUGUGCUCCUUGCUCAUACUAAGAGUUGGACCCAGAGACAACGGAGAGUACAAGGUCGCCAUCGACAAUAAGCUGGGGAGAGCAGAGUCAUCGAUGUCCUUGAAUUCUGUUCCAGGUCUGCUGGUGGAGGAGAGGACCGUUGCCCUGGAGGAGGCUCAGAAACAGGCCCAGGAGAAAGCUGAGGUUGCCCUGGUCACAUCAGAGAAACUGAGGAGCUCUGGCCUCCUCUCACAACUCUGGGCCCUCCAUGCUGAGAUGAACACCCGCUGGGAAGAAAUAAAGCAGGCUGCUCUGUCUGUCACAACCCUCCAGGGCAUGUUCAGCAAUCAGAGCGAGGAGUUCGAGGUCAUGAAGAAGAGAGUCAUGGCUGGUUUGAGUUUCAGCUCAGCGCUGUCUGAAACUGAGGACAGCCUGACCAGCACAUGCUCAAGAGUUGCUGAGCAGGGCGCAUUAGUGGAGGCUCUAAAUGCGCAGUUAGAAGGACAAGCUUCAGAGCUGAAUGACCUGAGAGAGCUGCUGUACCUUCAUAAUGUUGCACUUUAUGCACACAACAAGGAGAUAGCUGCAAUAAAGUGA